CUGGCUGUUCUGUCACUGUCUGAAGGAAAUAUGGCGCAUGUGAGGAACCUGAAGGGUUUGGUGGGCAUCGUCACAGGAGGAGCAUCGGGCCUUGGCCGGGCUACUGUAGAACGUUUGGUGCGCCAAGGAGCCAGCGCUGUCAUCUUGGAUUUGCCCAAAUCAGAAGGGAAGACUGUUGCUGAGUCUUUAGGCGAGAAGUGUGCUUUCUCUCCCACUGAUGUGACUUCUGAGGCGGAUGUGAAAAAUGCUUUGGAACUGGCACGUACAAAGUUCGGUCGGGUGGACGUUGUCGUGAACUGUGCUGGAAUAGCUGUUGCUGCAAAAACAUACAACCUAAACAAACAGCUGCCCCAUAGUUUAGAGGACUUCCAGAGAGUAAUCAAUGUGAAUAUCGCUGGCACUUUUAACGUUAUCCGCCUGGCAGCUGGCGAGAUGGGGAAGAAUGACCCUGAUGAGGAUGGACACAGAGGGGUGAUUGUUAAUACAGCCAGUGUUGCUGCUUUUGAUGGACAGGUGGGGCAAGCGGCCUACUCUGCCUCCAAAGGAGGAAUUGUUGGUAUGACUCUGCCCAUUGCUCGAGAUCUGGCACCCAUGGGGAUUAGAGUCGUAACUAUUGCUCCAGGAUUAUUUGCAACUCCUCUGCUUGUUGGACUUCCUGAAAAGGUGAGAAAUUUCCUGGCCAAGCAAGUGCCCUUCCCAAGCAGGCUGGGUGACCCUGGGGAGUAUGCGCACCUUGUGCAGUCCAUUGUGGAGAAUCCAAUGUUAAAUGGAGAGGUUAUUCGACUUGAUGGGGCCCUCCGCAUGCAGCCUUAAUGGAAAGGACUGUAUGAUUCAGUGGGACCAGUCAGGCUACUGGUUCAUGCCAGCAGCAAAACCAGGAUGUAAUAUCCCUGUAAUUAAUAGCAGUGAUUAAGUGCUUUAUUCCCUGGAGUGCAGGUAAAGCGAAUGGAGUUAUUAAUUAACCUGUGAUCUGACCAAGAAAGUUUACCAAACCUGGAAUCUCUAAAAGAUCAGCCAAAACCAUGUUCUACAAAAGUUUCUAACAAUGAAAACUGUAACAGUGAUUAAACUGUGAGAAGAAAAUUGGCCUUUCUGUCGCUGUCUCUUGUUAAAUAACUGUUAUUUUAAUGUUGAUCCAUUAAACAGCAUUUCAAAGGAG